AUGGCGGCCAUCAAUGGCGAGUGUGAUGCCAAGUUCGCCAACGUCCGGCAGCUUUUGCAGCAGCAGUUGGCUUCCGGAGACGAACUCGGUGCGUCAAUCUGUGUCAGCAUCAAUGGAAAGACCGUCGUCGACAUCUGGGGAGGACAUGUCGACGCCGACCGCACCCGGCCUUGGGCAAAGGACACAUUGUGCGCGGUAUGGUCGACGACAAAGUGUGUGACGAACCUCGCCGCGUUGAUGCUGGUUGAUCGCGGCCUUCUUGACCCGGACGAAAAGGUCGCCAGGUACUGGCCAGAGUUUGCGGCGAAUGGAAAAGAAAACGUCGAGGUCCGGCACUUCUUGGGCCACACGUCGGGGCUUGCGGCUUGGGAAAGCCCGGUCACGAUCGAGGAUAUUUAUGAUGUGCCGAGCGCUACGGCAAGGCUGGCUCGUCAGUCGCCUUGGUGGACGCCGGGUACCGCUUCUGGAUAUCAUCUCGUGAGCCAAGGCCACCUUGUGGCAGAGCUCGUGAGAAGGGUCAGUGGCAAGUCGGUCAAGGAAUUUGUUCAAGGCGAGAUCGCUGAGCCUCUCGGCGCCGACUUUCAUAUCGGUGCCGAAGAGAAGGAUUGGGAGCGAAUCUGUGAUUUGAUUCCGCCCCCGGCGUCGUCCACGCCCCCCGGCAAAGUUGAUGUGGAUGGUGUGCGGAUAAAGGCGUUCAAGGGUACUCCGAUUAAAGCAGAACACGCAGGAACUCCCGAGUUUCGCAAGGCGGAAUUGGCUGGCAUGGGUGGUUUUGGCAACGCUCGGUCGAUCGCGGCCAUCCUCUCAGUCAUCAGUCUGGGUGGCUCUGUGGGCGGAAAACGACUUCUCUCGGAGAACACAAUAGAUUUGAUCUUCAAAGAGCAGGCUAGUGGAAACGAUUUGGUUCUCCUGGUUCCACUUACGUGGGGGAUGGGAUUCGCCCUCGCCAAUGGAUCCGUGCCGAAUGGGUGGUUUCCAAAGGGCCGAAUUUGCUACUGGGUUGGAUGGGGAGGUUCCGCCGGUAUCAUGGACUUGGAUAGGAAGAUGACUAUAGGCUAUGCGCCCAACAAGAUGGGCGAAGGGGGGAUUGGGACCGCGCGGACCGAGGCAUAUGUUCGCGCGAUAUAUUCAGCGUUGUCCGAGCCUGAGAGUUCCGACUAG